AUGGCAAUAAUCGAGCAGCUCGAAAUGAGAGUUCGUGUCGCCAAAACACCUCUUCCCGAAUACGAUCUGCCUGAUGAACCGAGCGAAAAUGUAGAACUGCAGUCGGACACAACGUCUGUCAUCCAGAAAUGCAUCGAAAGCCAGCCUGAUCAGAACUUCGAUGUGGAAAUGCGUUUGCAUCCUGGCUUCUCUUUCCCUGGAGAGUUUGAUGUCCUGGCUUGCACCAUCUACAUAGAUGGUGUACACACUAUCAUCCCUCUCUUGAUGCAGCAAAAGUAUCAGCCUGGUCGAAAAGCGCUCGUUGAAAUCCAGAGAGGAGUUGAAGUGCGGGAGAAUGGUAAUGCCAAGCUGAGGAAGUUUCGAUUCGCGAAUCUACAACUCAGUUCUAUCAAAAUUUGUGUCUUUCGGGAAAAAAUUAAGAGAAAAUCUAGCAACACAGACACGGAUGGAGGCAAGUUCACAGCUCCAGCAUCAUCCGAGAAGAAUAUGAAAGGCCGAGCUACAGACAGCUUCACUACGCUUGACGAACCAGAAGAGUGCAGACCCCACUCAGUAUGGCAUACAGUUCGGAUUGGAUCCCAGCCAUUGGCCGAGUUCAUUUUCUUUUACUACACCCGUGUGACCCUCCAGAAGAUAGAUGUCAUUCCACAGUCACCUUCGCCAAUCCCCCUUGAAGACAGGCCACGCGAAUCGUUGUCUCGUGAAGAGCUUCUGCAACUCAUCGAACGACAGCAGACAGUAAUCGAAGCGGGCAAGAAGGCUACCAAGAAGGAGCAGCUGGAUUCCGAUAUGGAACAACUUGAGCGAGUGAAACGCUCACAAUCAGACGAGGAAGAAGAGCUAGAGAUACUGCCUCAGAAGCGAGCUCGAAAGAAUGCGAAGAUUCAGGUGAUCGACAUACUGGAUGACUAG